AUGUCAACAGCAAGUUCUCAUACAUCUUCCAAUAGUUCGUUACCUGAUGAUCCUGAAUUUCAAGAUUUGGUUAGAAUAAUUAAGGAAUCACACAAAAAUUCUACAGAUGAUGCUUUACAACAAGAUGCACUACAGAGAUCUAUGACAUAUAUCCAUAAUCAUGCUGAAGAAAAACAUUUGUUUUGUGAUAAGUUAAUGUUUCAUCCAGCCAUACAUGCUCUUAUAUUGUUUUCAUUUCCAGAGAAUGAUGCUUUGACUUGGUACAAAGAGAAAAUUGCACAUAGUUUAAAUACUUGUUCCAAAUGUAUAAUGUUAUUUCAUAGAGGAAGAGCCAAACUUAAACUUACAUUUGCAAUUGAACGUGGUAUUGAUGCAUCAAGUGUUCAAGAAUUUACUUCAAUUAUACUACGUUGGGAAGCACAGAGGUUAUUAGACCGCCUCAAACCAGAAUGGGAUCAAUAUAUAUUUGAUAGACAAGUAAAUACAACCAAAGAUGUUCCAAGAGGUGUUCUUUUUGGAUUUGCAGAAUUUUUGUAUGCACCAGGGAUACUGAGACAAAAUGCAGAAGUCAAAGCUCUAUUCAAUGAUAUAUUUAAUUUUUUACAAUCAAUCAAUCAUAAAUUCAUAGCAACUGCACCAGCAAUAACCCCUGGUAUGAUUUAUCUACUUUUUGAUGGUGAUAGUGAACAGAGAGAAUGGGCAAUGAAACAUGUUGAAAAUUUAUACAAUCCAAAUACAUCUAUAAGGUAUACAUCAGCACCGUCAGAUAUAUUAGAGGAAUUUUCAGUCCAUUUUUUGAACAUUCAAAGCCCCAAGUUUUUGAAUGAUGAUACCUGUGAAACAUUCUAUAGAAAUGUAUACCCUAUCAUUAGACUUUAUGAUGAAAAAGUCAUUGUUGAAAAGUUUAACAUGCCUCAAGAUAUCGACUCUGUUAAACAAGUGUUAAACUAUGAAGUUGUACCACUUUUGAGACUUUUACAAAACCAUAUAAUGUCGUUCUAUAUUGAACCAUUGCCACAAAUUUUGAAGUUUUUCACACUCAUACUACAGAUUUUUGGGGAAAAAUUUUGGAAUCAUACAUCAACUUACACAUUUCAUAAUUUUAUUGAAACUAUCACUGGAUCUCAAAAUUUUGUUGCAAGUUUUGAACAUCUUUCAACUUCUCCCAUUAAUGUUGAUGAAGAAUCAACCCCACAAGAUUUAAUGGGAUGGAUAGAUCCUUUCAUCAAAACAUUGGUUUCUUCCAAAAAGCAACAAGCUUUGAACAGAUUAUCAUUAGAUUUGAUUUCACAUAUGGAAAAUAUGAAUAAAAUUUCAUUAGACAAUAAGGCUUUGAUCUUCGUGAAGGCCUGUGAGCUGAUAAGUGAUGCAUUGACUAUUGAUAAAAGACUAUAUUCUGCUGGGUUUGGUACUGAUUUAUUACUCAGAAGUGAUUCCAGAGUUGUGAUUGAUCAAAAAUUGAUAAGAUUCAUUGAUUAUGCAACAUGCAGAGCUAUAUUUUUCCCACCAAAUGAUAAGUUGAAAAAUGCAGAAGUAUCCAGAAAAGCUACCGAAGUUUUAUGUAAAGCUUUAAAAUUUGAUUUAUUAUCAUUUGCUCAAAAUAGUUUUGAUAUUCACAAUGGUGAAAAACCUUCAACUUUAACAUUUUCCCCAGCUCUUUUCAAAGCUUUGUUGAAUCAAAAUCUUGCUGUUCAAUUGGAACUUGCAUUUCAGUUAAUUUGCUCAAUGGACACAGUAUCUGGUAUCAUACCUUUGAAAGGACCACAUGAGAAAGAAGUUAAACAAAUAUUAGAAUUUUUGCAACAGUUUUUUACACGCUUUAGUGACAUUGAUGUCAAAAAUACCAAAAUGAUUUUAUCCAAUCCAAAAAGUUUGAAUGGUUAUUGGUCUUGUGUGUUCUCUUCUGAUUCUAAUCUUUAUCAGUCCGCUGUUGAUAUAUUAUAUGAAACAUUUGAUGCAUCUGGUAGAUUGGAAGGUAUUCAUGAUUUAUUGGAAAAUAAUUUAGAUGCCUGUAUCAAAGCUAUCAAUUCAAAUUUGACCAACUUGAUUUUUAUUAAAUUUUACGAGCCUUGUCCAAGAGCUGUUAGGGUUUUAAAAGAUGUGGUUGAAGCAUUGAAUGAUAAGGUAACUGGUUUAUUUAAUGAUUCAUCAAAAUUCAGUGAUUCUACAAAAGACAGUUUAAUCCAUUUCUGGAAUAGAUGCUGGAAUUUCUUGGAUCUAAUUUAUGUGGAGACGUUACAUUGGGCAAAUAAGUAUUCAGAAAACGAACUCGUGGAGUUCACAAGAGAUACACUUGAUUUAUCACAAGCUCUUUUAGAUUGUUUUAAAACAAUUAAGGACAUAGCAAGUAAUAAAGACGGUAAACAGACAAUCGUUGAAGUUACAAAUACUUUCCCACAUAUGUUGGUUUGGUUAAGGUUAAGUGAUCCUGGUUUAUUAGCUUCUUGUGUUCGCUUGAUUACUUCAACCGCUGAUCUUGCAAUGGAGCUUGAAUUAGAACUUGAUUCUACUGUGAUCGUAUUGCUAGCUAAAUAUGGUUCAAGGGCUAAAAAAUUCAACAAUAAGCUCACCAAUCAACAAUCUACAGAAAUUAUUGAAAAGGCUAAACAGUUCGAUAAGAAAUUGGUUGAAAUAACCAUUGAAGAAUCUGAAAGUUAUAGAAGACAAAAGGAAGCUAGUGAAGAGUCUCAAAUUUCAAAUGUUUCAAGUCGUGAUAGCACACCAGCUGUUACUGCACGUCCAACUGAUACAUCAGCAAAUCGUGCUAGAGGUCAAUUGAAAAUCACCAAUUUUGGAAGUUUGUCCAAAGUUGCACCUUCUGCACCUGCUAAACCUCAAUUACCAAUGUCUGCUUUGGAAAAGGCAAGAAGAGAGAUGAAAUCUGGUCCACCAAGGGUAAUUCAUGAAGCUAGACCUUCAGGGUUUAAUAGCAGAGCAAAACCUAUUAGAACACCUAAAGCAGAUGAUAGUUCAGAUGAUGAAUCUGAAACAGAAGAUGCACACAGUUUGUUUAAUUUGCCUCCAAGCAAGAAACAACCAGGUAUUACAAUUCUUGGUGAUAAGAAAGCUAGUAACAGACCAAAGAUGUCAUCUAAGAAAGAACGUGAACUUGAAGAGCAAAAUAGUAGAAAGAGAUUGAACGUUGAUUUGAAACCAUUAUACUCUAGUAUUUUGAAAUGGUCAUACCAAAAUGAGUCUGAUUAUCCAAGUGGAAGUAAUGAAAAUUAUCCAAUUGUUCCAGAUAGAUUUGCAUCAGCCAAUGAUUAUAUCAAAAGUUAUGAACCCCUUUUGUUUCUGGAAUGCUGGCAAGCUAUAUUAUCAUCUAAAAAAAGAGAAUCAGAGGUACCAAUACCAGUUAAUAUUGCAUCAAAGAGUGUUGUUGGUGAGUUUUAUGAAGUGUUCUUAAAUCUAACUAGAAAUGAGAUAUCUGAAAAAGGUCUUUCAGAUUCGGACCUUGUUGUUAUUGCGCUACAUGAUACUUCAAGUAUAAAAGAUGUUAGAGCUUCUGAUGUCGCAAACUCAAAGAUAACUUGCUUGGCUAAAAUUAAUGAUAUCAAGUAUGUUAAAGGUGACAGUGCUGAUGUAUCAUUGAGAAUUCAUAGAAAUGUACCACAAGUUGUUAAUAAUAUGUUAAACCCACACUCUCCUAUAAUCAUGAUGAAAGUUAUGCAAAUGACUACAAUUGAAAGAGAGUAUUCUUCAUUACAUGGUCUAGCAUACUACAAUUUGUCAAGACAAAUUUUACAAGCCACACCAGAUACAAGUGCUAUUGCUACUGACGAUGAAAUCGAAGAAGUCCAGAAAAAUUACAAGGUCAAUCGCUCACAAGCUAAUGCCAUUGCUUCUUCUAUCAAGGCCCAAGGUUUCUUUUUGGUUCAAGGUCCUCCAGGUACUGGUAAAACAAAAACUAUUCUUGGUAUUAUCAGUCACAUGUUGUCAAAUUAUCGUGCUAAUUCUAAUGUCAUUCAAACACCUAGUGUAAUACCAGGGAAAACUUUAGCUGAUUUCAAGAACAAAAAGGUUUUGAUCUGUGCUCCAAGUAAUGCCGCUGUGGAUGAACUUGUCCUUCGUUUGAAAGACGGUAUUCCAAAUGCCAAAGGUGAAAUCUACAAUCCACAACUGGUUAGAUUAGGUAGAAGUGACGCUAUCAACACAGCAGUAAAGGAUAUGACAUUGGAAGAGUUAGUGGAUGCUAAAUUAGGUAAAAACACAGCUACCAAAUCAGAUACAAUUCCAGCAUUAUUGAAAGAAUUAUCAGAAGUUAAACAUGAAUUGGAGAAAAAAAGGGCUAUACUUGCAGCUGGUAAUAAUAAAAACGAAGAAAAGGUUCGAGGUGAAAUCAGAGAUAACAAAUUGAAACAGAAUAAGAUAAAGAAACAAUUAGAUGAAGAGAGAGAGGCUCAAACUUCUUCGAACCGUACUCGUGAAGUUAAUAGACGGAACAUUCAAGCUCAAAUAUUGAAUGAAGCUGAAAUUAUUUGUUCUACAUUAUCUGGGGCGGCACAUGAUAUGGUUGCUAAUAUUGGUAUUAAGUUUGACUCUGUUGUUAUUGAUGAAGCCUGUCAAUGUACAGAGCUUUCUGCUAUUAUACCACUCAGAUAUGGUUGCCAAAGGUGUAUCAUGGUUGGUGACCCAAAUCAAUUACCCCCAACUGUUCUUUCAUCUGUUGCUGCAGAGUCCAAAUAUGAUCAAAGUUUAUUUGUGAGAAUGACAAGUCAUUCUAAACCUUUAUUAUUGGAUGUUCAAUAUCGUAUGCAUUCUGAUAUAAGUAAAUUUCCUUCAAAAAAAUUUUAUGAUGGCCACUUACAAGAUGGUCCUUCAAUGGAUGUGCUUACAAAGAGAGAGUGGCAUAAAAAUGUGUCAUUUCCGCCAUAUAGGUUCUAUGAUAUUGCAGAGGGUAAAGAAUCUCAGAAUUCUAAAACAUUUUCUUACGUUAACAAAAUGGAGAUUAAGAUUGCAAUUGAGCUUAUUGACACACUUUAUACUAAGUUCGGUAGAAUUGAUUAUAGAAAUAAAAUUGGUGUUAUUACCCCGUACAAGGAGCAAAAUAGAGCCAUACAACAAGCAUUUAUAAGACACUUUGGUAAUCAAAUAAGAGGUGACAUAACCUUCAACACAAUUGAUGGGUUUCAAGGUCAAGAAAAAGAAAUCAUUAUAAUGUCAUGUGUGAGAGCAGAUUCGAAUAAAUCAGGUGUUGGUUUUUUGAAGGAUUUCAGACGUAUGAAUGUUGCUUUGACAAGAUCUAAAUGUUCCUUGUGGAUUCUUGGUCAUAAUAAUAGUUUGGUGAAAAAUGACUUAUGGUCUGAUUUGAUCACUGAUGCUAAAGAUAGAAAUAUGUUUGAGACUGUAUAUUACGGAUUCACUAGUAAUAGCAAUAGAUCUAUUAAACCAUCAACAGUUGCUGAUAAUCUAGAAGAAAAUCCGCAGUCUUUCGGUCCUCAGAAAGUGCAACAUGAAACUGAUCAUAAGCUGACUACUGAAGCUCUCAAACGGGGAAACUCUAGAAAUGAUCAAAAUGAUAAAAGACAUAGGAAUGAUCACAAUAUACAUAAACCGAAAAUAGCAGAAAAAUUCCCACAAGAGUUCAUAUCACCUUCAUCAUCAUCGACUAGUGCUGCAUUUUCAAAAGAUACACCAAAAGGUCCUUCAAAAAGUGGAACUCUACCACCUAAACCGAUGGCUAAGAAAAACCCAGUUUUUGGUGCAAAUAAUAAGAAGGUAGACCAUACGAAGUCCCAAAAGGGGUCUAGCUAUGAUAAUGGAGAUCGUUAUAAUAGUUAUAAUAGUUAUAAUAGAGAUAAUAGAGAUAACUUUGGCAAUCCGAACAACAACAGAAACAACAAUAAUUUCAAUGAUUUCAAUAACAAUAAUCAGAAUCAUGAUUUUAGUCGUGGUAGGUUUAAUGGAUACAAUAACAAUCCAUAUCCAAAAUCAGGAGGUUACCAAAGAUCUACAACUCCCUCUAAUAACCAAAAUUCUUCACUACCAUUACCAUCCAGUACCAAUAAUGUUUUACCACCGCUAAAUAAUGACAAUCAAGAGGGAAACAAAAGAAAACCAAAUUCAUCUAUCUUUAUUCAAAGUAACAAAAAAAGGAGACGUUAG